AUGGGAUCAAUAACAUUCUUGGAUGCUAGGGCUAUCCGACUUGCAGCAGCAUGGGAAGCAUUAUUUGUCUACGACACGAUUCUCUUCGUGCUAACCCUUCACAAAACAUGGAGAGAGCGACCGAGACGUCGCGGUAUAGUAAUGACAGAAGGACGUGUAUAUCUACCACUCUUGUCCCUGAUACUACGCGAUGGCGCGAUCUAUUAUGCCGUUAUGGCUCUUGCAAACCUCGUGAAUAUCUUGACGUUCUAUCAUCGCAACGACCUUAAUGUCCCGCCUAAUGCUCAACUUACAUUGUUCCUCGCCCAACCAGGGCCUGCUCUCAACCAUGUCCAUUACUGGAAACAUGGUAUUCGGGAGUAA